CACCAAGCCACCGGAAGUGGGAAGUUUUGGACGUUCAUGUGGGCUCGUAUUGACAACAAAAAGUGUUUCUGAAAAUUCACAAAACAAAGGACACAUAUACGAGCUUCAAAAUAAAAUAUGUCCGACAACGAAGAUAACUUCGACGACGGAGAUUUUGAUGAUGCCGAGGAGGAUGAGGGAUUAGAUGACCUGGAAAACGCUGAAGAUGAGGACCAGGAGAACGUGCAGAUCCUGCCCGCAGGAGAGGGGCAGCAGGCAAACCAGAAGAGGAUCACAACACCAUACAUGACGAAAUACGAGAGGGCCAGGGUGCUUGGGACACGAGCUCUCCAGAUUGCGAUGUGUGCUCCAGUCAUGGUGGAGCUGGAGGGAGAAACAGACCCCUUGCAAAUAGCGAUGAAAGAACUUAAGAGCAGAAAGAUCCCCAUCAUCAUCCGCAGGUACCUUCCUGAUGGGAGUUAUGAGGACUGGGGCUGUGAUGAGCUCAUCAUAACCGAUUAAACAGAUUAUCCAGUCUGUACUGACAAAAUAAUAUGUGCUGGUUCACCCCCACCAUCGCCUCAGGUCAGUCAGCUACACAAACCCAGAAGAGUCCUGUUUCGGAUGCAGUUAAAACCAACCUUUUAAUGCCUCAAUUUGAUCCACGAACAUCCAUCACGUCAGGUGACUCUGUGUGAGCUGGUGAAACAUGAAUGCAUGAAAUAUAAUGAACAGACGCUAGAAAACUCAUCAAAAUCAACAGAGUGUGUUGGUGGUUACAUUCUCAGUCUCACUAUGUCGUUGCGUUAUCCACGAACAUCCAUCACGUCAGGUGAUUCUGUGUGAGUCGGUGAAACAUGAAUACAUGAAAUAUAAUGAUUAGAUGCUAGAAAACUCAUUAAAAUCAACAGACUGUAUUUGUGGUUACAUUCUCAGUCUCACUAUGUUCUUGCGUUAAAGAAUCUAAAGUACUUUUUAUUUUUAAAGCUGCAUUAAAGCUUAGAGCCACAAGGGGGAAACAUAACUUAAGUCAAACAUUUUCUUUGUUUUACAAAAUAAUCCUGUAUUGUAAUGAUUCCAUGCUUGUUUUUGAAGGAGAGAGGUGAUUUGUGUGAAAGAACUGUUUUAUUGUUAUUAAUAAACUCUUUUGUAU